AUGCUGCACCCUAUCUUCAUUAAAGCUUCUUUAAAACAGUUUCCAGGUUCUGAAGAGUCAUUCUGGGAACAAGUCUCGCUCACUGUCGAGGCAUUAAUAAAGGACGGAAGCCUGUAUGUCAUUGAUGCUGCGGGCGACAAGAACGGGUUCACGACACCACGCAUGGAAACAUUUCCGGUUACACCGGUAAGACCAAAGUUUGACUUUGUGUCUACCUUUUUCGGCAAGCGCAAUCAUUUCUCCAACCCACAUCAGCAAGAGACCUGGUCCGAGGAACGCGGAGUGCCUCCCGAACGCUCUAGCGGUCCUCUACACGGUAAUAGCCAGUACGUUAGUCGGGGAACAAGCAUGCAAAAUGAUUCUACAGUUGAAAACAUUGGACACUCUGCAAAUGAGCAGCGCGCAUCGCUGACAGGUGUCGCGAACGAUGUCACGAACAUAUUGCCGCAAACGAGUAUGUCUCGUGACCGGCUCAUAAGUUCCUCAGGUACCCUUGGCGGAGACCGUUAUGCCUCCGCCGGGGUCCAGGUUAGUUCUACUUGUGCGAGUGACAAAGGCGACCAUGUUACCAAUAGUACACCGACGGAAACGGAUCCGAGGAUCUCCAGCAGCCCGAACACCCCAACUUCAACGAUUUCCGUGAGUGAUCAAAGUAUCUCCGAGAAUGAUCUCGAACAAGAUCUGGAAGAAACAGAUACAGAUGACGUGGAAAGAGAUGACAUGGAAAAAGAUGACAGAGAAAGAUAUGACAGAGAACAUACAGAGCAUGAUACGCCUCCGCUGUCUCCAGGUCCGAGCAGGAACAGUAAGCGGCCGACUCCAGAUGCAGAUGAACGAGAAGGAUACCCAAAGAGGAUAAAGACGAUUGGCCAACAUGAGAUAUCUUCUGCGGAGGUACUAGCAGAAUUCAGACUGAUGAAGUUAAAGGUUGAGUCUGUCACUAUUGUGACAAACUUGCUGAACAACAUCGGUACAUUGGAGACCAUACAGGCAUUGAAGGACGCAUGCUUAGCUGCUCGAGAAACUAAACGUUGCUUCACCUGCGAUGAUAGUAUCGAGUCUUCUGCAACGGCGAUUGCGCAGUUGGAGGACGAGGGGAAGCGUUCCCCGUUACUGUUACGCUAUCACUGGUCAAAUGUUGUUCGAUGGCGGGAUGAGAACGAACAAAGACACCAGCGCGACGGCUGCAGCGCCCCGACUGCGACAAAAUUGGCAACGAACGAGAUGAUGAAAAAAAUGCAUCCAAGGUUGCAACCAGAGCAACAGAUGUACGCAACGAAACGCAGCGCACUUGGGCAGAUGUGUUCAUACUCGCGUCAGUGGCUGGAGCUGCAAAAGGAAUUCUCUAUCGGACUCCUGGCGGUCAUUCCAGGUGCCGACCUGGUUGGUUGCGCACCAUUCCAGAUCGCAAAAAUGAAGAAAGGCCCAUCGCAAGUCCUGCUGCGGCUCCUGCUGAACUUCCGCGGUGAGUUCCUACGUGCUCUGUCUCAGAAGUUGUUGAACGUCUACGACGUACUUCUGCAGAAACGUCCCGCAACCCGCUUCAAGUUCGAGAAUGUGGAGGAUCUACGUGACUUCGCAGACGGCACGGACCAACUUCUCGAUUUGUGUACUCAAAUCUCAUAG